CUACCUUUUUAUACAUUCUUUUGCAUUAAAGUUUUUAAACUUCAAAGAAAAGUCCAAAAUAAAGGUUUAUUUCACUCAAAUUAACACAGAUACAACUUCAACCGAACCAUAGAUUUUUGUUAAAUUACUGAAUUACAAGUGAAUGACCUACUAUUGCAAGAAUGCAAGUUUGUAUUAUUCCAAGAUUCGAGAACUAGGUACCAGAUAGUACUUACUUUUUCAUAAUAAUAUUACAUCGGGCACCUGUAUAGUGUAUUGGCCAUCGGCUAAAGCUACCAUUUAGCAAACACAUACAUGUGAAGUAGCAUCACACAAAUCUCAUUGAAAAUAAUAAUAAUCAAUAAACAUUGUUAUAACUAAAUAAUUAACUGGGAAGUAUACUCUAGUAUGGUGAUGUCUAUCCUGUUACUCAAGAAAGUAUGGAUGAACCCCUUAAAAUCGAACCAAAACAUGAAGAGGAAAUCCAUUCCUUUCUUCAGGGACACAUUUCAGUAAGCAACGAAGUUUUGGUAACAGUAAAGGAUGAAGUUACCAUCAACACGUGUUCUAAAUCUCUUUAUAAUGUAGUACAGCAACACUCUGAUUUUCAAUGUCACCUUUUAACUGAGUCUAAAACCUUGUGUAAGGAUUUUAAAUGUGGUGAUUGUGAUUUUGAGACGAAUUAUAAAAGCAGCCUCAAUCGACAUCUCUUAACACAUAAAGUUGCCAAGGAUAUUAAAUGUGCUGAUUGUGAUUACGAGACAAAUUAUAAACACCUCUUCAAACGACAUCUUUUAAAACAUCAAGUUUUUAAAGAUUUUAAAUGUGCUGAUUGUGAUUUUGAAACAAAUUAUAAAAACAAUUUAAAACAACAUCUUUUAAAACAUACAGUUUCAAAGGUUUUUAAAUGUAGUAAUUGUCACUUUGAAACAAAUUCUAAAUCCAGUCUUAAUAAACACCAUUUAAGACAUAAAGUUUCUAAGGAUUUUAAAUGUGGUGAUUGUGAUUAUGAGACAAAUGAUAAACACUAUUUCAAAUCUCAUCUUUCAAAACAUAAAGUUACAAAAGAUUUUAAAUGUGCUGAUUGUGAUUACGGGACAAAUGUUAAAAGCUACUUCAAGCAACACCUUUUAAAACAUAAAGUUUCUAAAGAUUUUAAAUGUGCUAAUUGUCCCUUUGAGACCAAUUUUAAAUUCAAUCUUAAAAAACACCUUCUAACACAUCAAGUUUCUAAGGAUAUCAAAUGUGCCGAUUGUGAUUAUGGGACAAAUACUAAACACCUUUUCAAACGACAUCUUUUAACACAUCGAGUUUCUAAAGAUUUUAAAUGUGGUGAUUGUGAUUAUGAGACAAAUGUUAAACACUACAUCAAACUUCAUCUUUUGAAACAUAAAGUUACUAAAGAUUUUAAAUGUGCUGAUUGCAAUUAUGAGACAAAUUAUAAAAGCGGCUUCAAACGACAUCUUUUUUUAAGACAUAAAGUUAUUUCUAAGGAUUAAAUGUGCGGAUAGUGAUUAUGGGACUAAUGUUAAAGGGUACUUCAAACAACAAAUAGAUUUUUGAUAAAGAAGAUUUUGAACACAUUGUUGUUGGCAGGUAUGGAUGGAGAUAAUGGCACACUACCCAUUAAAGUCGAACCAAAACAUGAAGAGGGAAUCCAUUCCUUUUUUCAGGUACACAUUUCAAUAAGCAACGAAGUUUUGGUGACAGUAAAGGAUGAAGUUACCAUCAGUACCCAGUGCUCUAAAUCUCUUUGUAAUGAAGAACUACAGCAACACGCUGACUUUCAACUUCACCUUUUAACUCGGUGUAAAUCGUGUCUAAGGAUUUUAAAUGUGCUGCAUGUGAUUUUAGGUCAAAUUAUAAAAGCAGCUUCAAACGACAUCUUUUAAGACAUAAAGUUUCUAAGGAAUUUAAAUGUGCACAUUGUGACUUUGAAACACAAUAUAAAAACAAUUUAAAACAACAUCUAUUAACAGAUAAAGUGUCUAAGGAUUUUAAAUGCGCUGAUUGUGAUUAUGGGACAAAUUAUAAACAUGUCUUCCAACAACAUCUUUUAACACAUAAGGUUUCUAAGGAUUUUAAAUGUGCUACUUGUGAUUAUGGGACAAAUUAUAAACACCUCUUCAAACAACAUCUUUUAAAACAUAGAGUUUCUUAGGAUUUUAAAUGUUCUACUUGUACUAAUAAUAAACUUAUUUUCAUGCAUGUUUUAAUAUAUAAUAAUAAUUAAUGCGUUGAGGACUACGUGGCAGUGGGGCUGCAGUGCCGAUAACAGAGCUUGUCGGAUUCCAGACGACCCCCAAAUGGCACCAAGACUGUGACUUUGAUUUGAUGAGUCAUUCAUGAGAUAGAGAAGGGGCUCUUCCCUGGGCGGGAUAGCUUUAUUAGAAUCGUCAGGACGCUUGC